UCCGCGAGCUUUUAGUGGGGAUGAGCGCGCGGAGAGUCCAGCAGUCAGUGAGUCGCAGCGCGGGACAGAGACAAGAGACAGAGACAGAGACAGAGACACAGUACCGGACCAGAACCAGGAGCGAGCGGGUUUUAUAGGUUUUGCUCAUCUGGACGCCGACAGAGCCGAAGCAGAUCUUCUCCGUGUUGUUUGUGUCUGUGAGCCGCUGCUGUCCUGAUCGCGCUCGAGGGCGGGGCUAAACUCACUCCAGACGCGGCUGAUUGGUCACAAGGCCGUGAUGGACAGGCCGAGGGACGGCCCAUUGGCCCUGCUGCUGCUGCUCUUCCUGGGUCACGUGAUCACGGCGCUGGAGGUUCCUCUGGACCCUAAACUUCUGGAAGAGUUGCCGCAGCCUCCCACAAUCACCCAUCAGUCGCCGAAGGACUACAUCGUAGAUCCACGCGAGAACAUCGUCAUCCACUGCGAGGCCAAAGGGAAACCGCAUCCCAGCUUCUCAUGGACCAGGAACGGGACGCAUUUCGACAUCGAUAAGGACCCCAAAGUCAUCAUGAAGCCUCGUUCGGGGACGCUGGUGAUCGACAUCAGCGGUGGAGAGAGGGUGGAGGCGUACGAGGGCGUCUAUCAGUGCUCCGCUCACAACGAGCUCGGCACCGCCGUCUCCAACGCCAUCGUCAUCCGCCAGUCCAGGUCUCCUCUGUGGUCUAAAGAGAGAAUCAGUCCAAUCGUUGCACAGAAGGGGCAGUCUUUAAUUCUGCACUGCCGCCCCCCCGCCGGCCUUCCGCCGCCCAUCAUAUUCUGGAUGGACAACAAUUUCCAGCGUCUGCCGCAGAGUCGUCGCGUGUCUCAGGCUCUGAACGGAGAUCUCUACUUCUCCAACAUCCAGCCGGAGGACUCCAGGAGCGACUACAUCUGCUACGCUCGCUUCCCGCACACGCAGACCAUCCAGCAGAAGCAGCCCAUCACCGUCCGCGUGCUCGACAUGGAUUCACUCAAUGACACAGUGGCAGAUUAUUUCAAUGACACUGAUUUGUUUAGUGAUAAACCCGCUGAAGAGCGAGCGCCCGUCUUCCUGGUUCCCAGUGAAGCUGUCAGCUCUAAAAUGGUUCUGAGAGGAGAAACUCUGGAGAUGGAGUGCAUCGCCGACGGCCUCCCCACUCCCGUGGUCUCGUGGGUGAAACGCAACGGUGACAUUCCCAGCGGUCGAGCUUCCUUCCUGAACUUCGAUAAGACUCUGCGGAUCACGGACGUGUCGGAGGCGGAUGCUGGAGAAUAUCGCUGCAACGCCAAGAAUCAACACGGCUCCGUUCACCACACCAUCAGAGUCACGGUUAACGCGGCUCCGUACUGGAUCAGCGCUCCCAGGAAUCUGGUUCUGGCCCCGAAGGAGAUGGGCAUCAUCACGUGCCGGGCCGCAGGACACCCCAAACCCACCCUCCGCUGGCUCAUGAACGGACUGCCCAUCGAGGACGCUCCUAACGAGGCCAGCAGGAGACUGGAAGGAGACACCCUCAUAUUCUCAGAGGUGCAGACGGGCUCCAGCGCCGUUUACCAGUGUAACGCCUCCAACCAGCACGGAUACUUACUGUCCAACGCCUUUGUCAACGUACUGGCGGAGCCGCCCAGAGUCCUGACACAGCCUAAUAUAAUCUAUCAGGUCAUCAGGAACAAACCCGCGCUGCUGGAGUGUUUGACGUUCGGAUCGCCCGUCCCGACCAUCACGUGGUUUAAGGACAGCCGCUCCAGCAUGUUGGAGGGAAACGCUUACGUCUUCCAUGAGAACGGAACGCUGGAGAUCCACAUGUCUCAGCCCACAAACAGCGGGAAAUACACCUGCGUGGCCCGGAAUAACCUCGGCAUCUCUGAGAACCACGUCUACCUGGAGGUCAAAGAGCCCACGAGGAUCCUGAGGCCGCCGGAGUACCGCGUGGUCCAGAGGAACCGGGACGUGGUGUUCGAGUGUAAAGCGAAGCACGACCCGUCUCUCGUGCCCACCGUGACGUGGCUGAAGGACGACGGAGAGCUGCCCGAUGACGACAGGUUUAGAGUGGACUCGGACAGUCUGACCAUCACGGACGUGACGGAGAGCGACGCGGGGACGUACACGUGCGUCAUGAACACCACGCUGGACCAGGACUCGGCCAGCGCUCAGCUCACGGUGGUCGAGGCCCCGCCCACUCCCGCGGUGAUCUACGAGCAACCGGGAGCACCGACCGAUCUGGAGCUGACGGAUCCGGGAGUGAGAAGCGUUCAGCUCACCUGGACACCUGGAGAUGAACACAACAGCCCUAUCAAGAAGUUCCUGAUCCAGUACGAGGACGCUCUCCACCAGAGCGGCGUGUGGCACAAUUUGACCGAGGUUCCUGGAACCAAAACCACGGCUCACCUGAAGCUCUCUCCGUACGUCCACUAUAGCUUCAGAGUGCUGGCGCUCAACGACGUGGGCUUCAGCCGUCCCAGCGCGGCCUCGCACCAGUAUAGGACCAGCCCCGCAGCUCCAGACGAGAACCCCAGUGAGGUCAAAGGUCACGGCACUGAACACAAUAAUCUGGUCAUCACUUGGAAGCCGCUGACGCCUCUACAGGCCAACGGUCCCAAUCUGAAGUACAAGGUCAUGUGGCGCCAGCAGGACACGGAGAAGGAGUGGGCGUCGGUGAACGUGGCUAACGUCUCUAAGUUCGUGGUGUCGGGGACGCCCACGUUUGUGCCGUACGAGGUGAUGGUUCAGGCGCUGAACGAAUACGGUCCCGGACCCCAGCCCAGCCCUGUGAUCGGAUACUCCGGAGAGGACUUUCCGUCGGCAGCUCCGGGUAACGUGCAGGUCCUGGUGCAGAACAGCACGCUGGCCGAGGUGCGCUGGAGCCCCGUUCCGCUCGAAUCCGUGCGCGGGCGACUGCGGGGGUAUAAGGUUCAUUACCAACGCGAGCGCAGUUUACACCGACACAACUCUCAUCACGGCAAACAGAGGACUGAGAUCUUCAGCCCCAACAAAACCAACGGGAAACUGCCCGACCUGCUGCCGUACAGCGUCUACAGUCUGCACGUGACGGCCUUCAACGGCCGAGGAGAAGGUCCCGCCAGCACCGUGGAGCGCUUCGAGACGCCCGAGGGUGUUCCUGGCGCGCCGUCCUCCUUCCGGGUUUCUUUCUCCGAUCUGGACUCUCUGACGCUGCAGUGGGGUCCACCUCACGAGAGGAACGGCCGUCUGACCGGAUACACCAUCAAAUAUCAGACCGUCGACAGCAAAAAUGAUUUGGGUCUGCUGGAGGAGCUGGAUCUGCCGUCCAAUCAGAGCAGCUUCACACUGCACGACCUCCCUCACAGCACGCGCUACAAGUUUUAUAUCAGUGCCAGAACGCAGAGAGGAGCCGGACCCGCGCUCACCGAGGAGGCCGUCACCGUCAUUGACAGAGCGCCGCCGGUCGCUCCUGCGUUUGGGAACGUCAGCUCAUCCGUGAGCGAGGACGGAGCGCUGAUCAGUUGGGAAUACUGGGGCCCCGAGAAACACCUUUAUGUUGAAUAUGUUAUAGACAACAGUGAUGAGAGUCUGGCAGAUGAAGACUGGCACACAGAGAUGGUCAACGGCUCUCAGUUCCACGUUCUUAAGGGUUUGAAGAAAGGUUUGGCCUACAGGGUGCGUGUGGUGGCCCGGGGUCACGACGACCGAGCGGUCCAUCUCUCUGAAGUGCUGUUGGUUAAGGUCCCAGCGAUGGUGAGUCCACAGGUGGACAUCGCCACUCAGGGUUGGUUCAUCGGUCUGAUGUCAGCCAUCGCUCUGCUCAUCCUCAUCCUGCUUAUCAUUUGCUUCAUCAAGAGGAACAAAGGUGGCAAAUAUCCAGUUAAAGAGAAGGAAGAUGCUCACGGAGACCCGGAGAUCCAGCCCAUGAAAGAGGAUGAUAUCACGUUUGGAGAGUACAGUGACGAGGACCAUAAACCGCUCAAAGGGAGCCGAACGCCGUCCAGCGGAACCGUUAAGCGCGACGGCAGCGACGACAGUUUAGUCGACUACGGAGACUCCGGAGACACGCAGUUCAACGAGGACGGCUCGUUUAUCGGACAGUAUAGCGGGAGGUCGGAUAGAGACGCCGCGCACGACAGCUCCGAGCCGCCGUCUCCGGUCAAUGCCAUGAACUCAUUCGUGUAGGACGACGCUUCGGUUUACUAGAGACUAAACGAGCCCGACGCUCGAGACGGACGCGACUGAAGCGGACUGGACGGACGGAUGUCAAAGGACGUUUAACAGGGCUGUGUUCACAAUAGCACACUAUCAUACUACAGCAGUAUGUACUAUUAUGCAAUCAUCUAGAUAUCAGGCAAAAAUUUAAACAUUUUCAUUUAUGGUUUGAUCACUCAAGACGGAGUCUAUAACUUAAGGAAUACUUCCCUCAAAAUGAAAAUGUGUUCAGGCCGUCCAAGAUUAGGACGAGUUUGUUUGUUCAUCAGAUUUGUAGAAAUGUGUCAUUGCAUCACUGUCUCACCAAUGGAUGUGAAUGGGUGCCGUCAGAACGAGAGUCCAAACAGCUGAUAAAAACAUUAUAAUAAUCCACAAGUAAUCCACACCACUCCAGUCCAUCAGUUCACAUCUUGAGAAGACAAAAGCUGAAACAAAUCCACCAUUAAGACGUUUUAAACUAAAAUCAAAGUCCAUAUUCCAGUGGAAAAAUCCAUUUUCUGUUGUCUCUCACAUCAAAAUCCAGCCACAUAUUUGUUUUAGAGCUGUUUUGGCUUGAAAGCAGUGCUUGAUCUGUGCAGAUUUCUCUCCUGAUUCAGACCAGACCGCUUUUUCACCAAUGGAUGUGAAUGGGUGCCGUCAGAACGAGAGUCCAAACAGCUGAUAAAAACAUCACAAUAAUCCACAAGUAAUACACACCACUCCAGUCCAUCAGUUCACAUCUUGAGAAGACAAAAGCUGAAACAAAUCAAUUAUUAAGACAUUUUUAACUAAAAUGUGAGUUCAAAUCCAGCCUCCUAAUUGUUUUUCAGAGCUGUUUUGGCUUGUAAAUGGUGCUUGAUCUUUGCAGAUUUCUCACCUGAUUCAGACCAGACCACUUUUUCACCAAUGGAUGUGAAUGGGUGCCGUCAGAACGAGAGUCCAAACAGCUGAUAAAAACAUUAUAAUAAUCCACACCACUCCAGUCCAUCAGUUAACAUCUUGAGAAGACAAAAGCUGAAACAAAUCCAUCAUUAAGACAUUUUUAACUAAAAUGCAAGUUCAUAAUCCAGUGGAGUCCAUCUCCUGUUGUCUCUCACUUCAAAAUCCAGUCACAUAUUUGUUUCAAAACCAUUUUGGCUUGAAAACAGUGCUUGAUCUGUGCAGAUUUCUCUUCUGAUUCAGACCAGACCGCUUUUUCACCAAUGGAUGUGAAUGGGUGCCGUCAGAAUGAGAGUCCAAACAGCUGAUAAAAACAUCACAGUAAUCCACAUCACUCCAAUCCGUUAACAGUGAUAAAGUGGUCUGGUCUGAAUCAGGAGAGAAAUCUGCACAAGCCAAAACAGUCCAGAAUGGCUCUAAACAAAUAUGUGGCUUGAUUUUAAUAUGACUGUUUAACAGGCGGAAGUGUUAUUAUGGACUCAAUGUAUUUGAGUUAAAAAUGUCUUAAUGAUGGAUUUGUUUCAGCUUUUGUCUUUUCAAGAUGUUGACUGAUGUACUGGAGUGGUGUGGAUUAGUUGAUGUUUUUAUCAGCUGUUUGGACUCUCAUUCUGAUGGCACCCAUUCACAUCCAUUGGUGAGCAUGUGAUGGAAUGACACAUUUCUCCAAAUCUGAUGAGGAAACAAACUCAUUUACACCUUGGAUGACCUGUGUAUGACUACAUGUGCAUUUCUGGGUGAACUAUUCCCGAUGUGACGGCAGCAGCACACUACGUUCAGUGUUGAUCAUGUGAUGACGCAGUAUGCUAGUAUUACACUAUGAACGCAGCUGAUGUAUCCAUGCAUGAUGACAUAAUUCUACUCUGAUUCUGAGAGAUGCAGACGCUCUCACUGUAUUUCAGGGCGCUGCUGAAGUGUUUAACAGUUUGCUAAUGACAGUCACAGACUCUUUAAGUGCUUCAACACUGUAGUCGAUGUCAGGUGCUUCCAGAGCGCA